AUGCCUCAGCAUGGUGGGCAUAGGGUUAACAAUAUUGAAGAAGGAGAGGCUGAAGAUUUGAUUGACAAUGUGGAAGAUGUUCAGACGUCUUUGUUGGUAGUCAAGGGCCGUUUGCUGAAGGGGGGUGUUGACCCGGGUUGUAAAGAAGAUUGUGUGGGUUGUUCAGAAGCUGAUAAUGGUUGUGACCAGCUGAAGGCUGGUAUUCAAAGAUUGAUUGAUGAGGGCUGUCUCCAGUUCAGCCAGGCUGUUAAAGGCAAUGGGGCGGUGUCUACUGUCACCAUUUAUUUCAAGCCGUCUGAGGGACGAGGACGAGGGACUGUCAGUGCACCUACAACCAGCAAUACUCCGGUUACCAUCCCAGCACCGGUAACCAUCAGUGCACCAACUACUAUUGUUGCGUCCGGCAGAGGACGAGUUGAGAAUAGUAGGGCUGUUCCCUGGAGGGGUUCCGGAUUCGUGAGGAUGAGUCCAAUGAGAACUGGCUGUGAAUCAAACCCAAAACUUUGGGACAGAUCAGUUGAAUUCCGCGCUAUUGUGUAUCCUCCAAAUUGCAAGAGUGUAAGAAUCUGCAUGGCAAUGAAGGUGAACACGCCACCAGUGUUGAUCUCAGAACUACAACCACCACGCUGUUUUGGAGGACAUGGAAUGUUACUAUCACUACUAGCUUUCCAUUCUGGGAAGGGAGAGAGCAUGCCAGACUGGGAAGGUAAACUAGUAGGUGCAAAUUCGCUUUCCCAGUCAUAUCUUCUACGAUGUGUUUUACUCUGGCUUCAUGUUGACAAUGGUCGUAUUGCUGGAAAAAUGAAAACGGCAUUGAGGGAGGUUAUUGAGAAGUAUCAUUUGAAUGUUAGAUUAACUCCAAAUCAGAACAUCAUAUUGACUGAUAUUCGUGCUGCAUGGGAACGUCCCAUCACAACCAUUCUUUCUCAGGCUGGUUUGCUGCUACCUAGAUAUGUAGAUCCCCUUAAUAUAACGGCUAUGACAUGCCCUGCUUUCCCAUUAUGUCCCCUGGCAAUUACUGAAGCUGAACGUGGAAUACCAAAUAUUCUUAAGCGGAUCCGUGACACGUUUGAGAAGGUUGGUCUGAAGUAUAACGAAUAUGUGGUUGUAAGGAUAACUGGCUGCCCUAAUGGUUGUGCUAGACCAUAUAUGGCUGAACUUGGACUGGUUGGUGAUGGCCCAAAUAGCUAUCAGAUUUGGCUUGGAGGCAGCAGUAACCAAACAUCAAUAGCGCGGAGUUUCAUGGACAAGGUGAAGCUUCAAGACCUUGAAAAAGUUUUGGAGUUUUAUCAUUGGAAGCAAAAGCGUCAAUCUAAAGAAUCAUUUGGCGACUUCACAGUUCGACUAGGAUUUGAGAAGCUUAAAGAAUUUAUUGAGAAAUGGGAGGGUCCAGCAGUUCCACCAACACGCCACAACCUGAAGCUUUUUACCGAUAAAGAUACAUACGAAGCAAUGGAUGGGUUAGCAAAGCUUCAAAACAAAAAUGCUCAUCAAUUGGCCAUGGAAGUUGUCCGCAAUUAUAUUGCUUUCAACCUAAAUGGAAAAAGGUGAAUGAAUCAUUUCAUUUGGUUAAGCCACUGAAGAUGUAUGUGAUGUUGCAUUUUGGUUGUGACUGGGAAUGGCUACUGAGCAAAACUCUCAGUACUGUUACUGUGUGGUAACCCUGAGGAUAGAUUGAAUUAAUGUUUGGUUUUCAUUACUUUUUGUAUAAAACAAGCUUUCAGCUAGAAUCUUUUGGUGCUUUACUUUCAUAACGAGCUUUGUUGAAGACAAAAAUAAGCCUCUAUUUCUUUUUGGUUUCCAACUUCAUGUAUUUCUUCAA